AUGGAUGAUCCGCCAACACCUUCCUCGAAAAAACCACUUCCUAAGUAUACUUCGAUUGAUUUAGAAAGUGAACUGCCGGACAUAUUCAGCACUUCUCUCAAUCCAAAUGUUCAGGACCCCGAUUUGACUCUCUUUUAUAGCCAACGCGAUCCUCCUUUUUACAAUUAUAAAAAACGUAACAGUCCUCCUCCGAGUUAUCCGCCAUCCAACAGAUCUUUUUCAACAUCUACAGCUCCGCUAACAAAUUUCAGCUCGAACGAUCGUAAGCGUUUCUGGUUUGUGGCUAUUUUCAGCUGUUUAGUCAUUUGCCCAUUGAUCAUUUUCAUUUUGUUCAAUUGGUUUAAUUCUCAUUACAAACGUAACUCGUUCUGA